CGGUCCCAUUGUCUGUGGUCAUUCUGGUUUUUAAAUUACAUGAAAUUACACGAAUCAAACAGCUUACAAUAACUUGAAAGAUGUCAAUACUAAGAGACUACGUCUACACUCAAGUACCUAAAGAAAGGUAUGAGUUGUUGAAAGCUCGUUACCUUUCAUUCCUGGAUGCCAUGGACGAUGUCACCAAGGAACCGGUCAGGGUGUUCGAUCCACUACCUGAAUCGUACACGAAACAGAUUGACUUGAUUAGAGAACUGAGUCAGGAGUUACAGGAGAAGAAAGAAGAAGAGAUAAGGAAAGCGGCGCAAGCGCGAGAGGCAGAAGAACAAGAGAAGGAAAAGGCUAAAACAGAAGAAAUCAACGAAGAAGAGACUAAAGAAGAGGAGCAGUCGGAAAAAUGAAUACAUUAAUUAAUUUAGGAAAUUAUUUAAAACAAUAAAAAAUCUAAAUUCUCUUUUUAUAAUGUAAAUUCUCUUUUUUAAUGGAAAUUAUUUAAAACAAUAAAAAAAAUU